AUUUUUCGUUGCGUUCAACUGCUCAGAGCUUUACUGUCAGUUUUAAGCGAGUAAAAUGUCAAGCAGUAUGGAGGAACUGCUUCGCAAUCUGGCUGGGAGGGACAAGACCGAGAUCAUUAGCAUCAUUUGCCAAUUGAUCUCGUGCUUCGGCCUAAACCAGGCAGAUUUGCAGGGCAAUACAUUGCCAGUCUCUGGGCCCGGCUGUCAAAAUCUGACAGACGGGAAUCAGGGAGUGGCUAAUGCUCCGCCUGCAAGUGACAAUUCUCUCCGUGACAGCGAUCACGAAAGCGUACACUCCUCCUCUUCCUCCGCUUUGAAGAAGAGAAGAAUCAGCGAAGAUUUUCCACCUCUACCAGAUGUGUCCACAAACAAGGUAGACGAGUGGAUUAAGAAAGGCAAACAACCGAAAAAAGCAAAGAGAUUGCAGAAGAAGGUUGU